CAGGUGUCACCAUCAAAACAGAGAAGCUGUCUCAAAGGACCCAGAAAUGGGGUCCCUAUUCCGCUACGUUAUCUGCGGACUCUUCUUGCUGUCUCUGCAGGUUGUAAACGGAAUUCCACUAAACGAAGUCAAUCGUUCCAAAGGGGUGGAUCGCGCUGCUAAAUUCCUGUUACCAUGUGGUAUUAAUACUGGACCAACCAAGCAAAAAUCAACAUCAGUCCACACCUUGACCCCCCAGGAAAUUAGGGUGAUUUCUACACUAAGAAGUUUAAGGAUUACGUCUGAGUCAAUCAGCAAGAAAUCAAACUGGUUACAGAGCUUGGAGGGAGCACUCAGCAAAGCCAGUCAGUUCACCGAAUCAUCUGUGGGUCUAAAAUUGGGUUCAGCUGUGGCCAAGAUCUCACCUCCCCCCAAACCGUUACUUGAAGAUGAAGCUGAGGCGUUGAUCAAAAGUCUGAAACAAAAUAUGGUGGCCUCUUUUGAAAAUGACUGGAAGAUGGUGAUGAUAUUUGUCACAGCACCAGAUCCAUGCGGGUUCUUAAAUCAGAGGGAACUCACCCAGGAAUCUAUAGCCACACUGACCCAUGUCCUCGACUAUUUACAUCAACAGCUGCCAAAAACCAUUGUGAGUGUGGUGGAUUUAACCGAACUGACAGGACAUUAUAUGUCUCAUCCCAGCCACUCGGAGAUAAGACAGGAAUGUAACAGCUUCGAAAAGGUCUCCGAUUAUGCCAAAGCCAUGUUCCGUUUCACAUUCCAGGAUGCACUGGAACGGGUUGUAAGUUCGGGAAGAUAUGACACACGGGACGAUUUCACUGUAGUGCUACAUCCGGUUCUUAAAAUGGCACAAACUAUGAAAGCUGAAAUGAACUUUGAUAAAUAUGGGGACAUUUAUGAAGUGGAGUGCUCAGUUCAGGAUAAUUAUGUCAUUAACACCUACAAGAACAGCCCUUACACAUGGCUCAGCUCCCAGCUUAACCCAGGAGAAGAGAGAAACGCGCAGCCAUGGGCUAUAGGAUCUAGUUUUAGCUGCACUGACCUAUCUCCAUCAGACAGCGUCCCAACCUCUGUACACAUGUUGAGACCGGCAGAUUUCAAAGUCGUAGCUGCUUUGGGUGACUCAAUAACUGCAGGUAAUGGUGCUGGGUCUAUCGCUAUCGACCUUCUGGACGUGGUGACAGAGUAUCGUGGCAUCUCCUGGAGUAUCGGCGGCGACGAGGAGCUUGAAAAUGUUACAACAGUAGCAAACGUACUUCGAAAGUUCAACCCAGAUAUUCAAGGUUAUUCUACAGGAAAAGGCUUUUACUUUCUACCAAAUGCUAAUCUAAACCGAGCUGUCCCCGGAGCAAAAGCAGAUGACAUGCUGGAACAGGCCGGGACAUUCGUUAACCGAAUGAAGAGCAAUAGCAAAAUUAAUAUUACUGAAGACUGGAAACUCCUAACAAUAUUUAUUGGAGGCAACGACUUAUGUGGAAUCUGUAAAAAUCCGUCUGGCCAUUCUCCAGAAAAUUUUGUAGGACAUCUUGAGAACACUCUGGAUUAUUUACACAAGGAGGUCCCCAGACUCUUCGUGAAUCUUGUGACAGUUUUGGACAUUUUACCACUUAAACAACUUUAUGGCAACCCAGAAACACAUUGCCCGGAGCAGAUGAUGAGUGCUCUGUGCUCGUGUGUUGUGGACAAUCCCGAAGGCUCUCUGGAACUAGAAAUUCUGAGAACCUUUAACAGGGAGUAUCAGGAAAAAACUCACAAGUUAGUGGAAAGUGGCAAAUAUGACACUACAGAAGACUUCACUGUCGUCAUCCAGCCGUUACUGGAACGAUUAGAGAUACCAAUAAAGGAGAAUGGCGUUCCGGACCGGUCCUACAUGGCCCCAGACUGCUUCCAUUUUGGUCAGAAAGCUCAUGCACAAAGUGCUCGUGGUCUGUGGAAAAAUAUGUUUGAACCUGUUGGCCAGAAAACCAAUGGCCAGAAGCUUGACGUGGAAAUCCCAAUCUUCUGUCCGUCACCGAGUGACCCUUACCUGAAGACUUUAAAGAACAGCAACUACACAUAUCCCACAACUACCCCCGAUCUGGUGCAUGGCAGCAAGUUAACCUGUACCGACAAAGCACCAUCACCUUCGAUACCUACCUCUGUUCAUGCUUUGAGGCCCGCAGAUGUGACCGUUGUGGCUGCCAUUGGAGAUUCACUAACAGCUGGGAAUGGCAUUGGAUCCAGUCCAAAGGACGUGUUUGAUGUGUUUAAAAUGUACAGAGGUCUAUCGUGGAGUAUUGGCGGAGAUUCCGACUUGAACAAUGUUACGACUUUACCAAAUAUUCUUCUGGAGUUCAACCCGCGCUUAACUGGAUUUGCAACUGGAUUGGGAUCCACCAGUGACCACAACUCGUUUCUGAACCAAGCGGUGCCUGGCGCCAGGGCUUAUGAUUUACCAGCUCAAGCUAAUGCGUUGAUUAAGCUUAUGAACGAAGACAGGAGAGUUAACUUUAAUAACGACUGGAAAGUGAUCACAUUGCUUAUUGGAGCGAAUGACCUGUGUGCUUCAUGCGAGGACAGUAAUGUUUACUCUCCUGUGAAUUUUUUGUCCAACAUCCAAGAGGCUUUGGAUAUCCUGCACAAAGAGGUCCCAAAAGCAUUUGUUAAUCUUGUGGAAGUGAUGGACAUUUUCCCACUACGAGAGGCCACAAUGAACCCCAAUGUGGACUGUCCUACCAUGGUAACAAAGAUGCUCUGCCCAUGUCUCCUGAACAUCCCAGAGAACUCAGAUGAGAUGGCGACCAUCAAAAGUAUCAACCAGGCUUAUCAGUACAGCACCAAGCAGUUAGUUGACUCCGGAAGAUACGACACCAGAGAUGAUUUUACUGUGGUCCUGCAGCCUUUCUUCAGUAAUCCCAAAAUUCCACAUCUCCAGAAUGGCCUUCCAGAUAUCUCCUAUCUUGCUCCGGACUGUUUCCAUCUCAGCCAGAAAUCCCACGGACAGCUGGCAAAAAUGCUCUGGAAAAACAUGCUAGAACCAGUUGGCCAGAAAACAGAUACUGUGGACUUCACGGAAGUUGUUCCUUUGAUUUGCCCAACAACGGAACAACCUUUUCUGAGAACCUAUAAGAAUAGUGGCUACGUCUACCCGAGCCCACGUCCCACAGAGCCACCCAUCCAGAAUUGGGGAAGUGACAUGAAAUGCCAAGUAACCGGAUCAUCUUCCCAAAUCCCAACGUCAGUUCACAAACUUCGCCCAGGGGAUAUCAAGGUGAUAGGAGCUCUGGGAGAUUCGUUAACAGCUGCGUUUGGUGCAAAGGCUACAGGACUACUUAACCUGGCCACCGAGUGGAGAGGAGUUUCCUGGAGUAUUGGUGGAGAUGGCACCCUGGAAACCUACACCACAUUGCCAAAUAUUUUUAAGAAAUUUAACCCUAAUAUUAAGGGGUUCUCUACCGGCACCGGCAGAGCUAACCAGAUGUUUAAUGUGGCCGUUAGUGGAGCCAAGGCAGAAAACAUGACCUCCCAGGCCCGGAGACUAGUGGACAGUAUGAAAGAAAGUUCUGAGAUCCGUUUUUCUGAAGACUGGAAAGUGAUUACAAUCUUUAUCGGAGGCAACGACCUGUGUCAGUAUUGUCAUAACAGGAAUCGCUAUUCACUACAAAACCACGUGAAGCACAUUGAAGACACCCUGGAGAUUUUCUACAAAGAGAUCCCUCGAGCCUUUGUGAACUUGGUCGAAAUUAUGGAAAUUCAAGGUCUGCGUACCGUAAAAGCAGAGACUAUCGGAUGUGGCAUUUUAAAACCGAACGCCUGCCCCUGCGUUGUAAAUCCAAAAGAAGGUUCACCCGAGUUAAAUGAAAUAAAGAAAUUUAACAAAGACUUGCAGGAACAGGUAGCUGCCUUGGCUCAGAAGUUCCAGGAUCGCGAAGAUUUUGCAGUUGUGGCCCAACCAUUCUUAAGAAACACAGUGGUACCAGUGGACAGUACUGGAGAGUCAGAUGCUAGUUACUUUUCUGCAGACUGCUUCCAUUUCCAUGAACGCGGCCACGCUGAGUCGGCUAUAGCUCUCUGGAAUAACAUGUUGGAGCCUGUUGGACAGAAACAAAACUUUAACAAUUUUACUCAUGACCGCUCAAAACUGAAAUGCCCAAAAGAUGAACAUCAUUACCUCUACACUCUUAAGAACAGCGGUCUCCCUGAAAAUGUGAUCCCCGAACCUGAGCUCCCCAAAGAAGAAAGCAAUGACCAAGUGCCAUACUGGUCGGUGAUAGUCGCUUCGAUCGGUGGGGUGGCUCUGGGAUGCGCUGUUGUUGGUAUCGCAAUGCAUGUAUCAGCUAAGAAAAGAAAACGCAAACAAUCCACUUUCUAAUCUUGGAAUUCUACCUAUACAUCAUCCAUACAAGAAUUAACAAGGGACAGCUUUAUCCCUUGCCUAAUAAUCUUCCUUCCUGACUAAUUACCUUACAAACUCCACUGUAAACUGGACGACCCGGAGGCUCUCCAGUAAAUGACUUAAGCCCAAGAUACAUUAAGCCCAAGAUACCUUGGCUCCGAACUGGAUAGCCAUUACUGGCUACAGUUGAAGAGAAGACAUUGUUGCAUCUUUCAGGAAUAAUAUCAGGAUCUUCUGAAAAUGCUAUAGUAACCACAAUCUAAUUCUGUCUAAAGUUACAUAAUUUCUCAAAAAUAAACUACUAUUUCUUCUGUUCCCUCUCUAGAUUUCAGCUACCUUUUCAGUAGGGUUUCAGUACAGAAUAUCUCCAUACAUUUAUCCUCUGUUUCCCACAAAUACAGGUUUCUCUCUUCUGAAUGAUAUGCUGCUAUGAAUUGUAAAUAAAAAUCAAUGGCAUUAAAAAAGAAGAACAUGAAACUGACAAAUCAGAAACAAAAAGAUUUAUCAAUUAAAGGACCACUAUAGUGCCAGGAAAACAUACCCUCAGGGACCCCCUCCCGCCGGGCUCUGGGGAGAGGAAAGGGGA